AUGUCGCUGCUCUCUGGCAUUCAACUCUAUCCAGAGGCCAUCGCGUGGUCGGUUGUCAUCUCCUCAACCAUCAUCAUGAAGGAAUACGACACAACGCCUCUCGUCAGCUUCCAUACUCUUCCAGUGCUGAGAGAGAAAUACGGAUCCCCAGACUCAUCCCAGCCCGGUGACGUAGAGUUGGCAACAAACUCUUCCUUGUUUAAAGAGCCACCGUACCGCUUGUCCAACUCAUCCGGGAGAUUUCAAUGGAAUAGAGUGACUAGAGGUGCACGUCACGCCACGGGGCGGAGUCCUUCCGCUGCCUAUUUGGGCCAGGCUGAGGCGGGCCUUCAUACACUGUACGGCACCGAGCCGAAGCACGCCGAUCCGGAAGACCCGCCCGAGGUAGGGUUCUCUUAG